ACACACACACCGGAGAGAGAAGAGAUUGGGUGAGAAAAGCAAAACCAAAAGGCUUUUCGCCUCGGUCAGCAGAUGGUGCUCCUGUACAAAUUGCAGCCCCAGUUAUCCCCCCAUCACCACCACCAUCACCACCACCACCAUCACCACACCCACACCAGGAAGCCUUGGGGACUGUUUGACCUGCAGAAGCGCCGCUGGAUGGACCAUGUCUGCGUGCGGUCUGAUCUCCAUCGCCCUCCUGGUCUGGACGCUGCGCCUCUCCAGCGGUUACGUGCUCGUUAACUCUGUGUCCUGGGCACCGGCCAACCGGGAGGAGACGGUCUCCAACGAGGAGGAGGUGGAGGCGCUGCCCAACCGCCUGUUCGAGAGCGGCAGCAGCAUCUGGAAAGCCUCCUACCCCUCCGUGGGGUACCGGCGGGAGGAGGUCCCCGGCGUGGCCGAGCUGCCCAGUCCCAAGGAGGUCCUCAGCUUCCCCUCUCGCAUGUUUUCUUACCGCAGAGAAGGAGGGAGAGGGAAGGAGUCGGAGCAGAGUGAUCCCCCCCCUCCUCCUCCUCCUCCUCCUCCCGAGGAGAGAGCCCGCACAGCCCGUCACAUCAUCACCUCCUCCAGCAAAGGCUUCCUGGCCACCCUCUCCUCCCUUGACCAGAUCAAAGGGUUGCCAUUUGGAAACAUAUUUUCAAUCAGUGAUGGCGUCCCAGACAACAGUACCGGCAUUCCUUUCUUCUACGUCACUCCAAAGGACAACUCAGUGUUGGAUCUGAUGAAAAACCCAAAUGCUUCUUUGACACUAUCAGAGGCUGAAGGAGAUUACUGCAGAGAGAAUCUCAUCGCCCCUGAGGAUCUAAAGUGUGCCAGGUUGACUCUUACAGGAAAGAUGGUGACAGUCUCCCCUGAAGAAGUUGAAUUUGCAAAGCAAGCUAUGUUCUCAAGGCAUCCAGUGAUGAAAAUGUGGCCUCCAGACCACGAUUGNUUUUUUAUGAAAAUGGAUAUUCAGCAGAUUUGGCUCCAGAAUUGGUUUGGAGGAGUGUCUGUCAUUCCGCUAGAAGAAUACUUCAAGAAAAGCCCAAGAAAAGUUGAAUGAAUAGGUUGCCACAGGAAUGUUUUUUUCUGUUAAACAGAAUUUUUUUCUUUUGUCCACUGCUUGUGUUUUCAGGGUGAAAAAGUUUUGUUAUUCAUAUUUGAUGCAUGUUAGUUGACUCCAAGGGAAAGGCACUGCACCAUAUAAUGUAAUAUGGACAAUUUAUCUUCCCCUGGCCUAGUUCUGUUUUAAAUUCAUGUCAUUGAUGAUCAAAUCGGUGUGGAUACUCCACAUGAAAUGCUGUGAGAAGCUUCCUGCAGAGCUGCCAAACCUCAAUCGAAGUUUUCCAACGCAAGAUUGCAGUUGGAAACUACAAGUUAUUUUGAUUGUGUUCUUCUGCUCAUUUUAUUCAGAUUUCUUUUAAUCACCACAUUUCAAAUGCUAUUAAUACGCUGCCUUAUUCCUACCCCAAGAUGGUGUGCAGCUUUACUGUUUUCAGUAAUUCGUGUUGUAACCUGAUUCUUUCUGAAUUUGUGCAUUUCAACUGUUUGUUUUACACUAGUUUUUGUGAUCACGGGGAUACAAAAGAGCCCCUGACAGGUCGUUUGUUAUUAACAGCAAUGUAUGAAUGUUUGCUUGUGAUCAAAACUAAUCCUGUUUUAUUGAUCAAAUAGGGACAAUCCGCUGCUGAGCCAUGAUACAAGCAGUCGAUACUACGUCUUAAUUCAGAUCUUAAUAAUACACAACCAUUGUUGGCCAGGCUCAGCUGUCACAUGGAUGAUCUGUGUUAUUACAUGGUUGUAUUAAAAUUUGAAAUAACUGAGCAUGUUUCACUGUCUGCUGAAUGAUUUUAAAAUGUGAAAUUUAAAUUCACUGUGAGCUAAUUUGCGUGCAAAAUAAGUUAGCAAUAAAGUUGCAUGAAUCUAGAUAA